AUGCUGCCCGGUCGACGCGCGGGAGACACUGGCGGCGUCCCAGCAACGGGCGCCGGCUUUUAUACCCUUCCCAACUCGGGCGCUGAUUGGUCGGCCGUUGCGGCGCGCGGGCGCUGAUUGGUCGGGCGGAAACCCCCCUCGGCCCGCCUCCUUGGCUUCUGAUUGGAGCGCGGUUCCCUCGCCUCGACGCCGAUUGGGCCGCUUCCUUGUCCGUCAAGGGCGCUUGCCGUUGGUCCGUUUCUUCCCCCAUAGGCCUCAAUGGAGCGCCGUUUCCCCGCCUCCGCUGCUCAUUGGUCGAAGCUCCUUUCUCUCAGCGCGGGCGGCGCCGCUCAUUGGUCGACGCUCUUUCCCCUCACCUGAUGGGAGCGUCCUUCCCUCAGCUCGACGCCUAUUGGUCCGCCUCCGUAUCCAUCGUCCGCCGGGCGCUUCCCAUUGGUCGCUUCCCAGCCCGCCCACCAUCCCCAUUCCCCUUGCGUUUCGGAGCGCCGCGCUCUCCCCAUUGGUCCGCCGGAGCUGUAGUCCCGCCCCUCAGCGCCAACCAGCCAAUGGCCGCUCGGAAGCGCCGGAAAGGAGGCCUCUGAUUGGUUGCUUUGCGCGGGACCUUAACGGCAAAAAGGCAACCCUCAAAUGCAAGCCUGAGCGACGUGACGUCGUGACGUCCUUAGCAACGCGUCGGUUGCCUAGCAACCCGCCGCGCCAAGGACGCCUGAGCGUCGUUACGUCCUUGGCAACGCGUCGGUUGCCUAGCAACAAGGCGCGGCCUGGACUUUUUCCCCUUAUAAACGAAGCCUGA